CCUACAAAGGUCUUCUUUCCCGCAUUUCAGCUGCAGAUAUGCGGCGAGCUCUUUGCCCCAGAGUCUGGGUCACCGAAUCGCAUGGGAGCAGCCGUCGUCAUCAGCCAUCCAAUGACGGGCGUUAAAGAGCAGACAUCAACCACUUAUGCCAAACUUCUCUCCACGGCCGGCUUCUACGCCCUCGUCUUUGACGCCGGAUAUCAGGGAGAAAGUAGUGGUGAGCCUCGGGGUCUGGAAGACCCCCACCAGCGAGUGGAGGAUAUCAAAGCGGCGGUCAGCUACUUGACAACUCUCAGUGGCCGAGUGGACGCUCAAAGGAUCGGCCUCCUGGGUAUUUGCGCCUCUGGAGGAUAUGCUUCCUACGCUACGCAGUCCGACAGUCGCAUCAAAUGCCUUGCGACCGUGAGUGCAGCCUGCGUGGGCCGCAUGACACGCAACGGCAGCGUUCAUCCAUAUGUCAAGGAGAAUCCUCAGGCCAUUGCCACAGCUCUGGAGGCCGCCGGCCAAUGGCGCACCAACGCAGCCAAGAACCCAACAUCAAAACCUGAUGCUCCUGUCAUGUUUGAGACAGACCCCUCCAAAGUCCACGAGGAAUCGGACUCCUUCUUCAGGGAUGCAGCAGCCUACUACGGCACCAAACGCGGCAAACACGAACGAAGUACCCACAAAGUUCCUCCACAGAGCUACGACCUGAUGAUCGGCUACGACUCAUUCAACUUUCAACAUUUGAUAGCGCCGAGGCCGUUGUUGAUGAUUGCGGGAUCAGCGGCGCAAACGCUGCACUACAGCAAGACAGCCAUCGACGGAGCGAGGCAGCCCAAAGAACUCUUUGUGAUAUCAGGGAAGAACCACUUUGAUCUAUACGACGACCUGCGAGAGUCCGGACCAAAGGUGGUGGAUUUUUUCGCCAGUGGGCUC